AUGGAUAAAAUAGAAGCUUCAAGUAUAGCAGGUUAUGUUUCUAUCUUGCUUUGGCUUAUUGUGUUCAUACCGCAACUACUUGAGAACUAUAAAAGAAAAAGUGGAGAUGGGCUGUCUAUUGUGUUUUUGUUUGUUUGGUUGUUAGGGGAUAUAUUUAAUCUGAUUGGGAUUGUCAUGGAAGACUUGAUGUUUACUAUGUUUUUACUUGCAUUAUGGUACACAGUGGCAGACAUUGGUCUGAUAUGGCAAGUGAUUUAUUAUCAACAGGUUACACUGUAUACCAAAUUAAAACAAGAGGAAAGCAGCAAUGGAAGCAUCGAUAUGGCAGCUAAGAGAUCUGCAUUCUGGAUCAAUCUUGUUGGAUCGAGCGUAUUGAUUACUGUGGUCGUUAUCUCUUGUUACGCAUACAAUUCCGAUUUGUUUAAUGACAGCGACAGCACCUUGUCAGGGCUGAUAGGGUGGGCAAGUGCAGUACUUUACAUUGGAAGCAGGCUUCCUCAGAUUAUAAAAAACUGGAAAGCACAAAGCACCGAGGGACUUAGCUCUGGCAUGUUCAUUUGCGCUCUUUUUGGCAACUUCUCUUUCACUCUAUCAAUAUUUCUUAAAUCAACAGAGAAACCAUAUAUCUUACAGAAUCUACCAUGGAUCGUUGGCAGCCUAGGCACUAUUAUUUUUGAUAUUAUGGUAAAAUAG